CAUAUCCUAAAACUACACACUAAUAUGGGAAUAACUAUUGCAUUAACUCCUUUUCUUACCACCACCACCACCACCAUUGUACCGGCGCUCAUCAUCAUCUUGAUUACCAUUGUUGUCUGUGUUAUACAAACUCUUAAAAAGUCGACAACUCAGAAAAAACUUCCUCCUGGCCCUAAACCAUGGCCAUUAGUCGGCAAUAUCCCGGAGAUAAUCCGCUACAGACCCACAUUCCGGUGGAUCCACCGUCUCAUGGAGGAUAUGCACACCGAUAUUUGCCUUAUUCGGCUAUGGAAUACUAAUAUUGUUCCUAUCAAUUGUCCAAUAAUCGCAGACGAAAUGCUUAAAGAAAAAGAUGCAAUUUUCGCCAGCAGACCAAUGGCUUUUUCUGCUCAGUGCAUGAGCGGAGGUUACGUGACCACAAUUCUUGUUCCUUUUAAUGAUCAAUGGAAGAAAAUGAGAAGAAUUCUAACGUCGGAGAUUCUUUCGCCGGCUAGACACAAAUGGCUGCAUGAUAAAAGAGCUGAGGAGGCAGAUAAUCUUGUGUUCUAUAUCCAUAAUCAGUAUAAAAGCAAUAAAAGUGUAAACUUAAGAGUUGCCACCCGCCAUUAUUGCGGGAACGUGAUCAGAAAGAUUGUAUUUGGCCGGAGAUACUUCGGAAAAGGAACGGCAGACGGAGGACCGGGACGCGAAGAAAUCGACCACGUUGAUGCACUGUUUGAUGUCAUUAAAUAUGUAUAUGCUUUCUGUAUAUCUGAUUAUUUGCCAAGUUUCUUGCAAGGGUUUGAUUUUGAUGGACAGAAAAAGAUAAUUCUUAGGGCGAACAAGAUUGUAAGAGAUUACCAAAACCCUGUAGUAGAUGAAAGAAUAAAAGAAUGGAAGAGUGGUGAAAGGAAAUUAGUGGAGGACUUGCUUGAUGUUUUCAUCACUCUUCAGAAUUCGGACGGCAGGCCAUUGCUCACCUCGGAAGAGAUCAAAAAUCAAAUCGCUGAGUUGAUGAUAGCAACAAUAGAUAACCCGUCAAAUGCAGUAGAAUGGGCAAUUGCAGAGAUGUUAAAUCAACCUGAAAUUUUCCAAAAGGCGACGAGAGAACUAGACAAGAUCAUUGGAAAAGAGAGGCUUGUCCAAGAAACUGACAUAGCAAAAUUGAACUAUAUAAAUGCUUGUGCAAAAGAAGCAUUUAGGCUCCAUCCAGUUGCACAUUUCAACAUUCCUCAUGUUGCUAUGCAAGAUACUACACUUGGUGGUUAUUUCAUCCCUAAGGUUAGUUGGGCAUUGCUUAGUCGCGCUGGCCUUGGUCGGAACCCUAAUACUUGGCAAGAUCCGCUCAAAUUUAACCCCGAACGACACUUGGAUGGCGGAGAAGUUGUUCUGACAAAGCAUGAUCCGAGGUUUGUAAUUUUCAACACAGGUCGUCGCGGAUGUGUAGGAUCUCUGCUUGGAAGUUGCAUGACAACUAUGUUGCUUGCAAGGAUGCUUCAAUGCUUUUCAUGGAGUCCGCCAGGGAAUGCAAUCCGUGUUGAUCUUGCGGAAGUUGUUGAUGCACUAUGUCCGGCUAAUCCGGUCAUUGCGUUUGCUAAGCCUCGAUUGGCUCCUCAUCUUUAUCCUACUUCGUCUUGAAAUAGUUUUUCGUAUUAAAAUGAUGAAAACUUCGGAAGAAUUUCAUGCAAGAUUACUAAGGUCCGAAAAAAGAAGGGUUUAAUAUAAUUUUGGUGUGUGAACUUUUUUAAAAAUAACAAAAUAGUGUUUAAACAAAAUUUUAUUACAA